UUUUUCUGACAGGAGUUCAGAGAUUAGACUUGAUCCUCGACACACAGCUCAGUCGUCCUGAACAACAUGGAUAGUACUCUAAAGAUUUUGCUUCUGGCAGCCCUGACUCUGCUGGUUUCUGCUCAGACUUUUAAUAACUACAGAAGUUUGCCUGAUGAAUUACGAACACAUAGACAAGGCUCUGAAAAAGGCAAACGAAAACUUUGGAUUGGGUUUUCAUGUUGCUUUUCAUUCAAUCAAAGAACCAGUGAAGCUGGAUAAAUACUUGUAUGUAAACGUCCUUCUGCAAGUCACAACGUGCAGGAAGACUUCAGACAAUGCAUAUGAGCACCGAGAUGAAUGUACUAAACGAAAAAAUAAUGCACCGAUGAUUGAUUGUGUUGUGUGUAAGACACACGAUGGUGAAGAACUAGUGGACUGUGCCAGGGCUUUUCAGAACCGUGCAGAGAUACGAGGAAAAUGUCAACAAAGAUAUGGUGGUCAUGGUACUGCUUUUUAGUUCACUGAGAAGCACAAAAUUUAAACUUUAAUUUUAAAACUCUAAAACACUAUAUACAAGUGAAAAGUGAUAUACUUACAUGCAAAAUUGGGGCUCUGUGCUUAAGUAGAUCAUCAUGUUCUAGCCAAACCACGUUCGACUUUGAGUCAAUGUAUAUCCAUGAUUACACACAAUAAAUAAAGCAUGUUGAAA